AGACUGUAAAAUUCUUUACGAAACUAUUGUUUAAUUUGCUUUAAUUUAUUAAUCCUUAUUCUAAACAUCUUCAUUCUUACACGAUUCUUUUUGACGGAUUCUUAUUUUUUUCUUUACAUAUUUAUAUUUAUAAAUGUUAAUAACAAAAAAUCUUCCAAAAAUUUUAUAUUAAUUUAAUUAAAUAAAUUUAAUGAGGAAACAUAAACAAUCAUAAUACGAAAAACAUUUUUUAUGUUGGAUUUUUAUUUUCUUUAUAUUAAUCAACAAUGUUGUGACUCAUUCUCACAUUCCAGGGCCGCAUGUGGCCACAUGAUGCCGCAGCACAGGAGAUAUUGAGUUUGCUAACAACUCUAUCUUGUUUUAAUUUUAUCUUAUCAUAUAUUAUUGAAAAUCAUGGACGACUUUGUUGAAAGUAUUGUAGUACAGGCCACAGAUCCAAAAGUGGCAUUUUUGGCUGCAACUAUCUUCGGUUAUUGUUUGUACAAACUCAUGAUGAACAGAAAAAAUUCUCGAGUUUCUUCCUCGCAGGACUCAGACGAAACAGAUGAUGAUAAUGAUGAUAUAAUGUAUACAGAUAAGUAUGAUAACUACAAGUUAAUUCUGGUGAUUAGAACAGAUUUGAGAAUGGGAAAAGGAAAAGUGGCAGCUCAAUGUUGCCACGCUGCUGUCGCUGCAUACAAAGCUGCUAGGAAACAUCCAAAGAUUUUGAGAGCGUGGGAAGAAUCUGGUCAAGCUAAAAUCACUCUUAAGGUGGAUAAUGAAGCUGCUCUUACGGAAAUAGCAAAGCAAGCUAAAGCUGUGGGUCUCUUAUCAAACGUUGUUCAGGAUGCGGGACAUACACAAAUACCAGCAGGAAGUAAAACAGUAUGCGGGAUCGGGCCAGGCCCAGCAAAAUUGAUAGAUCAAGUGACUGGUCAUUUAAAGUUAUUUUAA